GGUGACAUCGUCGUCGUCUCGCACGAGUCUGGCAGGAAAGAGGGCCUCGUCGUAGGCUCGCACAUCGACUAUGCUGGCCGCCAGAUCGUCGAGGUCCAGCUCGAGCCCGGCGAAGUCUACCACACAUGGUACCCCACGGUGACGCGUGUCCGCCGCACGGUCUCGUACCUCCCCAGCCCGCAGCGCAAGCGUACAAUCGAGCGCACCAUCUACUGGUGA